CACCGGGAAGGUCAAGAUUCUUCCUCACUAGCCGGCUCAACUCUCAGGUUCAAGGCCCGUUGCUCUUGAAGAAGGCGACGAAGGGCGCGGCAUAUCCCACCCACUUAUCCAGCUCCUUUCUCGCUCUCUGUUUCGCUCCCUCGUUAUGCAGACGACACUAAUUGUGGCGCUGUGUGUGGCGGCGACUGCUGUGGCGCUGCCCUCGCCUGACGCAGCCCCCAACCCUGACCCCGAGGCCCUACCCGACGCCCUGGCUCUCCCCCUCCCCGACCCCUUGCCUGAAGCUUCCCGACCAUUCUACGGACACGGACAUGGAUACGGACAUGGGCGUGGACACAGCCGCGGAUACGGACAUGGGCAUGGACUCAGCAGAUACAGAUAUGGGUAUGGACACAACAGAAGAUACGGACAUGGGCAUGGACACAGCAGCGGAUACAGGUACAGACCAUUUCAUGUUUCUUUUGGCCAUCAUGGUCUGAGCAUUGGACACAGAUACGGUAGCCACGGACACGGCGGCUAUGGGAGCUACGGAUACAGGAACUACGGACACGGAAGCCAUGGUAGCCACGGAUUCGGCUCGAGCUCUCACGGACACAGCUCUCACGGACACAGCUCUCACGGACACAGCUCUCACGGCGGCUACGGGGGGCAUCACGGCUAACUACGAGCACGGACACCACCAUUAAGACUGACUGGAGACUCCUGGACACCUGCCGCCUCACGCACUCUUCCUGGAGGGAAAGUGAGAGCAAAGAAAACGGAGAACAAAUGAAGAAUGGGAAAGAGGGAAAGUGGGAGGCUUGUAGAAAGAAAACGGGGAACAAAUGAAGAAUGGGAAGGUUAUACGAAGAAAACGAAGAUAAAUUGGGAAGAAAGCCACAAGAGAAUAAUGGGAAUAUAGGAAAAAAAACCUAAAUAGUGAAGGAAGCUAAUGUGAAGAAAACGAAAAUAAACUGUGAAGCUUGUAGGAAGAAAAGAGAUAACAGAUGAAGAAAUGAAAGUUUAAAGCGAGAAGAUGAGAGAAAAUAGGAAUCUUGCAUGAAGAAAGCGGGGAAGUUGCUCAAAGAAAAGGAGGAACAAAUGAAGAAUGGGAAGUUCAUGCAAAGAAAAUGGAGAAAAGAAACUGAAAAUCGUACUGAAGAAGAGGAAAUGUGAAACUUACUCAAGGAAAUCGGAGAAGAGAAAUUGGGAAGCGUACAUUAAAAAAAAUAGGAAUAAAAGCGAUAACUUUCGAAAUUAUAUGAUGUAGAACAGUGACUCUCAACCUUGUUUGCCCCCAUGCACCCCUUUCACCAUAUGUCAGAAUGUCAUUCCCCCCCUCCUUUCCAAGUCUGUCUAUGGGUAAUCUAUUUUGGGUAAUCUAUGGGUAAUCUAUUUUGAUCCUAACGGUUCAGGAGCUUGUGGUGAACGGUUUGAUAGGUUGCUUGCAUCAGAUAACCGAUACAUACUGAAUUUCGUGCCGCCUUGGGGAGCUCAAAGCCAAAAAAAAAAAAAAAGAAAAAAAAAGAAGAAAAGAUCAACAUUCUGACAGUCUGAAUUUGCCAACCUGUAGUUCUAAUUCACCCCCGCCCCCGGAAAACCUGAAAUUCCCCUCCCUGGAGUGAAUUCCGCCCAAAUUAAGAAUUCCUGAUGUAGAAACAGCCGAUAAAUGUGUAUUUAUUGUUUUUUAUCUGUCUGUCUGUCCUGGUAUGAAUGUUUUUUACAAGUUGAAAUAAAGAGUGUUAAUUUGUGAACA